AUGAAUUCAGGUCUGAAUCUAGGAAAGGCGGUUAUCGCUGUAGCUGGUGGUACUGGGGGUGUUGGGAAAACUAUCAUUGAAACACUGAGCCUUGAACCCAAGUUCCAGGUGGUGGUAUUGUCUCGGAACGAGCCAAAGGAAAUAGUUUCCCACAUUCAGCAUAUGCAGGUAGAUUACGACGACGUCUCUUCGAUAGCAGAGAAACUUGAACACCACAACGUCAGCACGAUCAUAUCGGCAAUUGGUAUCACAUCUGAUGAAACAAGUCAAUCCCAACUGAACUUGAUAGAUGCAGCAGAAAAGUCUAAGGCCACACAGCGAUUUAUACCGAGUGAAUAUUCAUUCAUCCAGACUGCUUCUCUACUACCACUUGACCCUAGUAUCAAGUACUGGCUUGCUGCAGCUGGUCGCUUGAAAGCUAGUUCACUCAAGUAUACCCGGGUUGUUCCAGGCUUCUUCAUGGACUAUUGGGGCAUGCCUCACGCUGAAACCAAUCUCCAACCCUUUUCCUUCGGAAUUGACAUUGCUAGUCGUACAGCCGCCAUCCCUGGCGAUGGAAAUGAUAUGAUGUGUAUGACAUACACGUACGACAUGGCAAGGUACGUGGUCAAAGCACUCGAUCUCGACCAAUGGCCUGAGUUUAGUGUGAUCGUUGGAGACGAAGUCACCUACAACGAUAUUCUGCAUAUGGCUGAAGAAAUUAUUGGCACGAAGUUCCAAGUCACUUAUGACAGCAGGGAACAAAUAGAAUCUGGUGAUGUUACUGUUCCACCUGUAGCAGAAGAUGUUGAAUAUUCUACCGAGGAGCUCAAGGAAACCACUGCUUUGGUCAGCCGACUUACUGUGAAUGGCGUCUUUCAACUGCCUAGAGAGAAUCGACUAAAUUCUCUGUUUCCGGAGCUACGACCCGUUACAAUGAGAGAAUUUUUGGAAAAGUCCUGGAGAAAAUGA